GGUUAGAAUCGCGAGUUCGCCGUAAAAGUGGAAGAUUUUUAACUUUUUUGAACUGUUUCCUAACAUUAUUCGGCUAUUUCGAGCCUGAUAAGAAGAAAUUUAGGUCAUUUACAACGACCGCUAUUGUUGUCGCUGGAAAAGUAGGCCUUCCCGGCCGUACAAACCGUGGAAACCGAGGAAAACUGCGGCCAGAUUCACAAAGGACGAGGGCUGAAACCACGAAAAAGAAUUCUAGCUUUUCCUUUUCCUUUGCCUAAAAAGGAUCUUUUGGUACGCUUCGGGAGCCAAUCAAGCCAAGGUAGGACAGGAAUCGACGGUCGAGAUACGAGUGUCGCAAGGAAACCAUCAGAAACUCGGUCCGGCAAGUUUUGAGAUUCGUGAUCCCGCAAGAAUCAGUGGAAAAUGUUUUCCGAAAAAAUACGACAGCUUACGCUAUUGCUCGAGAAACAGGAACUAGAGGCCCCAAGCGGAAUCGUAUCGAUACAGCUGUACUCCGAACUGUUUGCCGCUUAUCUUUACCAAAAUGAUCUCGCAAGUGCCCGGUUUCUUUGGAAAAGAUUACCCCAGAGCAUGAAGACGAGCAACGCGGAGCUGGAGCAGAUGUACAAGGUGUACGUUAGCCUAUGGAACAACGACACUGCCGGGUUCUACAAGGCCAUCAACCACGAUUGGUCCAAGCACGUGUCGGAGCUGAUGUUCGAGCUGAAGGAGAAGAUACAGCAAGAAACAAUAGCGCUCAUCGGACGGGCCUACAGUUCCAUCUUUGAGAAUGUAUUCGCUGAGAUGACGAACCAGACGCCCGACAUGAUCGUCGAUACGUGCCGAAGCUUGAACUGGGAGAUUGUUGAUGGACCGCAACCGAGACUGAUAAUACCAAAGCGAACGGUCGAGGAGAAACCGAUCGUGGUCAGCUCCGAGGAUCAGCUGCAAAAGCUGACCGAUUUCGUAUCCUUCCUGGAGAAUUAGGGGGCGCUUGGCGCGUGAACAGUUUGAUAGACGAUUGGCGUGGUGGGGCAUUAAAAUUUAGUUGAUGAUAUGUACAUUACAAGUAAUUUUCUAAUAAAUCGCGAAGCUCUGAACUGGG